GGUCUUGCACGAUGCGGUCGGUGGUGGUGGCAGCGGCUCUACCGGGCCACCCACGUUCCGCAGCAGCAGCAGCAAUGGCUGUCGUUCCCUCUGGCGAUGGCCAUGCGGGCCAAGGCCUGCACCGGUUCCCAGUACGGUACUUCUUUUUUCUUCCUCCUCUCCGUCCUGCGGAGGCAACGUGGCCGCGAAGACGGGAGGGCCAGUGGUUUCGCACUACUCGAAGCUCGGCAUGGACGGCUUCACCGAUGUCAAGUAUAACACCGCCGCCGACGACUUCCUCGACCUCCUUGAGAAUGCUAUUGACGCGCUAGAGCACCCGGAAAUCGACGAAAUAAGCAGCAACGGAGGUGUUCUGACGAUUGAGACGGCCCACAAUGGCACCUACCUCCUCAACAAACAAGCACCGAACGUGCAGCUGUGGCUGUCCUCGCCGAUAAGCGGGCCCUUUCACUACGACAUGGUCGUCACCACCGGCGCGGGAGCGGAUGGGGAAGAAGAAAUCACUCAAUGGCUGUCCGAUCAUGAUGGACACAGUUUGGUUGACAAGUUAGAGACGGAGUUGUCUGAGGUAUUGAAGGUUCCUGUGAAACUAAACGCAGGACGCAGUGCGUAA